UGUCAAUUUUGAAGUUUUCGUAUUCUAUACCGCCGCGCGCUGAUUACUAUUCAAGUUUAUAAUGAAAAUUCGUAAACUAUUAAAACUUUAUAACAUCUAGGGUAUUUAGGUUAAUAUUUAGUCGCUAAAUUAGUGCAACGCAUUCACAAAACUAACAUCGUAACAUUAAAAACGUAUCAAUAAUAUGCAUCAUAACCUCUCAAAUAUUUUCGGUUAGAAGUUAAAAUAUCGUAAUAACAAUCACGUAAAAUGCAAAAGUUACAAGAUAGUGUGUUUUCUAUAGUUAAGACGACAAAUUUGUCGCCUGCAGUCUUUAGUUUUCUGCAACCGACAGAGGAUUUCACAGAUAAGACACCUCUUGGCGGGAUUUUGAAGGAUACCAAGCAUGGCUGGCUGGCUUUGGGUCCCAAAUUCUGUGUGGUUGACCUCAGAACCGGGUUGAAAGUAGCAGCGCGAACAUUUGGUGCUCCACAGAGCAAUAUCAACACAUUUGUGACCAGUGUAGUGGAGCUACCUAGACCAUUGACCGCAAACUCCAUACAGCUCAUUAUCAGCUUGCAAUGUGACGAAGCUGGUAUGAUCUGUGUCCUCCAUGUCAAUGGCUCACAGAUACUCCGUUGCAUACAAACCGAAGUGGUUGUCACGGAGUUAGCGGUGUGGGAUAGAAUACCCGAUGGACCACUCACAUGUUUUGACGGAGUGGUCAUGGCUGGAACGAAGAGUGGAGAGAUUUUCGCUUUUGAUUUGUAUAGAGCUGGUUUGAUGCAAGCAUUGAAAGACAUCUCCCAAGGUUAUGAAAACUUAGUUCUAAAUGAAAGUAAUCCAGCCAACCUGAGCUUCUUACAGUUCAGUGCAAUUCACCGUAUUAGAGAACAAAGAGAACUGGCAUUAGAAAACUGUGAUCACUUAGCUAUCCUACUGAAUGAAAACUCCUUGGUAGAUGGCCAGUACAUAUUCCGUAACCCAGACGGUUCAGUGCGGAUGAAGGCCAAAAGAGACCAUAUCCGUGUGACUGUACUGCAAUACAUUCCGCAAUUGGGCAGUCUGGCAGUCGGUUACAACUUCGGAGCGUUUCAGAUUUGGAACAUUAUGACUUUGGAUUUGGAGUUCACAUCGCAAGUCAAUGUAGAAUGCUUGCCGGUUACACAUUUUGGAUUUCAGGAGCCCUGUGAUGAUCCCCGUGCCUUUUGCUACCUCUGGGUGGUGUUCUCAGUGAUAGACAGGUUCGAAGAGGAGGAGUUUCCACUGGCUGUGAUGUACUCCCUCACUUACCAGGGCAAGAGGAUGCUGUCUGAUACCAAGUGUCUUUAUCAGGAAUUUUCAACAGCCACAAUAAGAUUCCAACUAGAGUUGAGUACAGUGGACGAGUCUGCUCUGCUUGGUGGGAAGUGUGUGUCCUGUCACACAUACUCCGUCAACUCUACACUGGCUGCUGAGGGCGAAGAGAGUAUGCUAAACAUUUGUCAGGUCGUAUGGGAGUGUUGGGGCGAGAAUGCCAACUCCUCCACUCAGUAUGGAAUGCUCCUGUUUGAUUUAGACCAGUGGUACAAAGAUCAAAUGCCAGCAACCUGGCGGCUGGAGAGCAGCGCGUUCAUGAGCGUGACGUGGUGCAGCGAGGUGUGUGGGGCGGACUGCGUGUCGCUGGACGUCAGGCUCGACCCCGCCUCCGUCGCCGUCUACUCGCACGCCACGAGACUUGAAGAGCAUUUCUAUCCCAAUUCUUUGCAGUACAACUGCAUCUGCCUGAACACAUCCGAGGUUUGUGUCCUGGGUACGGUGGGCAUCCAGCGUCAGAUCAUAUCGUCCAUCGACGAGGUGGGCCCCACCGCGCUGCUCAACCCCACGAGACUCUACCACGCAUGCGUCACCGCCGGGUUAACGCCCUUAUAUGUACACACGUACUCCACCAAUGUCAGCUUGGAGGAACAGCGGCGAUUUCUCCUGUCAGUAUGCCUCGAGGCGCGCCUGUCCCGUCUCCUGAAGCGCAGCGCCCACGACUGGGCCACCGGCACCCACGCGGGCGCCGGCUGCACGCUGCCCUUCCUCGUCGACUGGACCUGGAAGCGAGCCAUAGAACUCAAGGAGAAUGCCAAAGAACUCACUGCUCCUUUGUUCUCGUCUUCGGCGUUGCCUGAUAGGAACGUAGUACGUUGCCUGGAGCACUGCGUCCAACAACUGACGCAGCUGACCGGACUACUGGACGCCGUGCUCACCAAGUGCUGCAAUCUUAUUAUACCUGACGCGCUAAGUGAAAUAGAAGAGAAAUACAAAGGUAUAGGCACGGUCUCCCUAUACUUCCAAGUGGUGCAAUGGUUCCUACGCGUUGGUUUGUUACCCGAGCGACACGACGCGUACAACGCCCUGCCGUACCCCGCGCAGCAGUUGUACUCACUGUAUAAUAAGAGACGUCUGAAACUGAAUCGUUUGCAAGACAACGCGCCUACAGAUGAGAAUGAAGCCAACAAGCCUUGUUCCCUCUUGUACAUCGACCAGCUUAUUGAACAAGAGUUUGGAGGGGAGAGGACGCAUCAGUUAUGGAUAAAAGGCGGCAGUCAAUGCAACGGCCUGUACCCCCCACCGUCGCUGUACUCCCUCCUCCGCCUCUACUUACUGCCGGACAUCGCGGAGGAACACAAACACUCGCUGGUGCUAUACCUGCUCGUGGACUAUUCUAUGGUGUAUGAUGAAGUUAGAUAUGAAGCUGUGAUCCGUAGACUGAUGCAGUUCCCCACAAUGUUUGGUCUCAGUAAUACUGCUAUAAAGGCUACGCAAGCCUUCUGGCAUCUAGACCACAGGGAUUUCGAUUUCGCCCUAGACCAACUGCAAUGUCUGACAGGCAACACCCUCUCAGACUGGCAACACAACGUAGUACUAUCAACGCUGCUAGCACAGAAGAAGACUCAGGCAGCGCUCCAAUACCUUCACGUACGAAAACCAGCUCCGAUACAGAACAUUCGCGAUAGAGACGGAGAUAUGGCCACUUGCUCUAUAAGGGUCAAUGACCAUGAUAAGUUAGAAGAUUGGCAGUCCUGUUGCAAUCUGUAUUUGGCAAGAGGUCUAGUGUUUGAAGCCCUCGAUGUGAUCAGGAUGUGUGUCAUGAAUGCGGGCUGUGUUGAAGAUAAAGUUACGGUGAUGCAGUAUUUUUUUAAAGGUUGUAGGAACACGGGGAACUUGUCGAAGAUACUGCAAGUGACGAUGUCUCAGUUCGAAGAGGAGAUGUUUGUCAAGUACCUGGAGGAGUGCAACGAGCCUCAUACGUCCGAUAUACUUGUCAUGUAUUACUUGCAGCAGUCCAGAUACCUAGAAGCAGAGCGCUACAACAACAAACUGAAGCAAUGGAAGGGCCGUGGCGCUGAAGUGUCCACCUCGGCGGAGUCUCUACUAGAACUGGUGGAGCGGGACAGUGCGCGGGACGCCCUGGUCGAGGUCGUGUUUGGCGCACUACCGGCCAUUACCAACACUGUCGCUACUUGCGCCUUGGACUCUACUGAUGUUGAGCCGCAUGUGAUCGCACCAAAACCGAUGUCGGUAUUCGUGAAAGCAAAAUCACCGAAAAAUACGUUCACAUACAAAUCAUCGUUCAUACAGGAUACCAUAGAGAAUGCUAGCGAGACGUGGAUAAAUAAGCCUAAGAUGCGCCGGGGCAUUAAACGCGCGCUGAAUAUAGAAGAGACGCCAUUUAUUUGCACGCCGAAGUUGAACCGAACUAGAAGCAUCUUGACCUCAGAACAGAAAACAUCAGAAUCGACACCUCCAAAACGGGCCAGGUUGGACCUCUCAGGGACCCCACGGACCCCUAAGAUGGGUUCGUUCCGUGUGAGUGAGAAGCUGAGUACUCAGAUGGCGACACUCCUGGACAUGCCAGAUGUACAGAGUCCGGAGUGCAAGCUGUACACUGAGAGGGCUGGCACUCCGCAUAGUAUAUUGAAGACGAGACGUACAGAUGACAUGGACCGCGAAGCGCCGUCGCCGGUGGACUCUCGCUACCUGGGCGACAGUGACGACGAACUAUUGGAGACCGCCAGCAACCACACUCACUACAGUGAUUCUACUAACAAACAUCUUCGCUUCACGAUUCCAACUGCAUCGGAAUCUGGAUCGACGCCGUCACCGCCGACGAACUCAAAGCCUCAACAACGAGAGAAAGAGAUGGAGAGCUCCACGUUAGCAGCAAGAGAGAAAGAGAUGGAUGUAUCUAUUGAUAGCUUCGUUACUACUACAUCUCAUGCUAUGACUGAAACCCACCCAAUGGAAUCUCCUCCUAAGAGGUUGGCCACAGAGGAGUCGGUGAAAGGAAGGAAAUCUUUCAAAGACACAGUACGAGCCAGACGCUCCCUCUCGCUAUCAGUAAACAGCAGUCUGUCCGACGAUCCGAACACAUCCAUUGAAAGCAUCGCAGACAUACCGGUCACUCUCAUCAACCCAAGAUAUUCAGGCGAAAAGCGACACUAUCACUCAUACAAUAAGGAGCAAGAAUAUGAACACACGGUUGUAGAGAGUGUGUCGGAGUCUCAGAUGUCGGAAGGAAUGCCGGAGCCGUCCGAAGUGUCCCGAGAGGUGCCGAAGACGCCGCGGGGGAGGCGCGGGAUUAGGGCCACUGGCGGAGAGAGCACGCCGCUUAGAACGUGAUGUAGAAAUGUAACUCCAGAACGAGUGGAUUCCCCUGUUGCUACCUCAUUACGUGGUUCCAGAAUAACUAGGAGUAGAUCUCGUACCCCAGAGCUAAGCCCCCGUACAUCCCCACUGGCACCAAUCCCCGAGUUGCCCCGCCGUGAAGCAGACAGUGAACCACAUCCUGAGAAAACUACGCUUAGCAUCCCAAGACGACUCAGGAGUAGAUCCCGCACUCCAGAUCGUGUAGAUAAAGCAGUAUCGGAGUCUCCAAAACUGGAAGCCAUCACCGAAUCUCCCACCAAGUCUACCAACACUGAGUCGUCUUCAUCUUCCUCACCCACACCACGUAGCUUGAGGAGCCGUUCCCGUACUCCAGAAAUAGAAGUGGUGCAAGAAAUCGUAUCAAAGCCUUCACCGCGCAGCUUAAGGAGUCGCUCCAAAACACCAGAAAGGGUAAUGUCACCCAAAAAAGAAUCGUCAGCACGAAGCAAGCAAGCGAAGGCAUCCCUAUCCCGCAAAGCUUUUGAAAACAUCCUCUCAGCUAAAGUGAAGCAAGCAGAUAAAAUGGACACGGAGACCCUUGAGGAUGCACCAGAGACCGCAAUCGAAUGCACUCCAAUGAAGACCUUAAAACAGGUUCCUAACUUAAUGGACGUCACCCUCUCUCCUAUAGUCAACAAGUCUAUACUACAGAGUUCCACUGACUCCACAUUGUCAGAAACUGUAGUUAAAGAGGUUAAGAGUGACAAAAGCGCGUUGGAGACUGACCUUAAACCAUUACCAGCAUUCACUACUCUACACGAGACUUGCAUCGAGAAAUCUGUCCUACAUAGCUACCAGAGCAGCGUAGCAGAAAUAACCGACACUUCAAUUAAUAUUCGCGAAGAAAAAGUCGUCGUUGAAAAGAGUGAAGUCAGUGUCCUAAAACCUUUGCCCGCAUUCACUUUGAACGAAACUGAGUUUGAUAAAUCGGUUCUCAAAAGCUAUCAAAGCAGUGUGGCUGACGAAUCGAGUAUACAAGAGGAGAAAGAAGUACAACCUGAUAUUGAUAAUAAUACUUCAAAACCUUUCGCUGCUUUCGUGCAAAUGAUACAAACUGAUUGAAAAUCAGUUCUACGUAGUGCAGAAAGCAGUGUGGCUGAAGCGUCUCAAUUAAAAGACGAUUCUAAAGCCCAGGAAGCGUCAAGUCUGAUGACUAAUGAUAGCGAUGCUGAUAUAGAAAUGGAAGAAAAUGUUGAUAAUAAGAAGUCGGCAGCGGAACAGAAAGAGAAAGAGAAGAUAGUGGAGAUUGAGAGGGAGAUAGAUGAGAUUCAGGAUAUGUCUGAUGAGGAUGAUCAGGAUGCUAGUGAGAGUUCUGGAGAUGAAGGAGAGGAUGAGGCUGAGUCAGGCAGUGAGGCGUCCGAUGAUGAGAGUGAGCAAAUCCCAAACCCUGACAAUAUGGAACAAUCCAACUCGAAAGAUGUUCCGACAAACGACGGUAAAAUCUGUGUCACACUCAACGCGUCAAGUACAUCAAACGAAGGAAUAGAAGAAAACGACGAAGUUAUUUCCAUAGAAGAUUCGGACGAUUCUAGCGAUAAACUGGAAAUUGAUGAGAAAUCUAAUGAACAGAAUAUUAAUAACGAACCACAAAAUGUAGAUAAAGAUCAAAUUAAAGAUAAAGAAACUGUACAAGAUGAAAUUAACAGUGAAAAUGUUGAUCAAGUUGAAGGCUCGGAUAAAUUCAAUCAAGCCAAUUUCUCCCUUAUGACUGAUGAUAAUUCUGUUGCGUCCGAUAAGUCGGAUUUGAACUUGAACUAUUCUGGUGAGAGUGAGAAGACUAAUGUUAGCAAUGAGAAGGCUGAGGCUGUGGAAAAAGAACCAAUCGUCCAAAUGGAAGUCGAAUCUUCAGAAAACAAACAGCAAGAACCCACACCUGAACCAACCAAAGUAGACAGCACAACACAGGUUGAAACUGCAAAAGAAACAGACGUAGAAAUUGUAGAGGUAGAACAAAAGGUAACAAGUGAAGAACCAAAGGAAUCAGAGAAGGCAGAGAACAUUCCAGAAGUAGUAACUAAAAUAGACGAAGAUGUUAUCGAAGUUCCUAUAGUCACUAAAGCACCAGAAACAACCGAACAGCCAGAAGAAAAAGAAACUGCAGAAGAGAAAACACAAGAACAGGCAGAAGAUAAAGAAGUAGAACAACAAACGCGAUCUAGGAAACGUGGCAAGUCUACGUCUUCAAAUAAAUCCGUGACAGAAGAAUUGGUUGCUGUAGAAACUGAGAUCAAAACUCCUGUAACAAGAAAACGUACGCAAUCAACCGCUUCAAACAAAUCCGUAGACGCAGAGCAAAAAACUCCAGAAAGCGUCAAGUCUGAAGUGACGACGCCUUCAAGACGACGGGCUAAAACCCCAACCAGUGCCGAAGUUAGGAAAAUUAUCACUAGGAGGGUUUCAAGAGAAAUGUCAGAGAGACACGACGAGUCAAAAGCCUUGGACGAAUCUGUCUCCACUCCUAAGAGACGCUCCAAUCGGUCCCGAAGCAAAAACUUUGAUGAUAAUGAGAGUGUGGUCUCAGAGGGUUCUGUAGCCUCUAUUAGGAGUAAGGCGAGUGAGGAUGCCGGUGAUAGGGUCAGAAAGGGCCGUAAGUCCGUCCUCGCUACUAAGCCCGAACUGUCUGUGAUACCCGAAGUUACCGUUGAAGAUGGAUCUAAAUUGGAAUCUGAGAAUGUUAUCAGCGAAUAUUCUAGUGCUAGAAGACUGACUCGCCACCAAAAAGCCGUGCUAGAAUCGUGGCUAGAACCUCAACCGCACGCUUCGCCCCGUCGCCGCCUAAGCACAGCAUCGCGUACGUCACGUACGUCGCACACGUCACGGUCCGUCGCCUCGGAGGCGGACGAUGAUGACGCCUCGUCGACUCACUCGGCCGCCUUCGAUGUCCAGCCUAUUGAUCGGAUCAGUUUACUCAAUAAGACUGAUUUUGAAGGCUCCACGGAUCUCGACGAGUUGCAGACCAAUCUAUCGCCUGAGUCUCUCGCGUCAGAUGCCAGUAAGCAGCGCAGAGCGCGUCUCGGCAGAGCUGCCUCAGAAACCAAAGUGACGCCUCGCGCAGCCAAAAUCAAUAGGAGGAUAUCUGUUGACGUUGCGGACAGUCCAGACCCCGCGUCUCCAGUACCAAUGGGGGGUGAGAGUCCUGCCCGCGGCCGGCGCAAGUCGUUCAACCGCGCGUGUGAAGCGCUACACACGCCUAAAGGCCGGCGGACUUCGACUGACCUUAGGAAAGGAGACGUGGAGAGUCCGGUAGAGUCGCCGGCAGCGUCAGAGAGCGAGGCGGUGACUCCGGCGAGGCGGACGAGGCGCACCGCCUCUACCAUGUCCAAUACUAGCCAAGCUAACUCCGAAACGGGGAAAAGGUCAAAGAAAACUGUUCUAGAUGAAAGUAAGGACACUAAGAAGAAAUAAGUUGGAGAUCUAAGUUAUUUUUGUAUUUAUAGUGAAAUAGUAUAGGGUUCAGUUUUGUUUUGCAUUUAUAACAUAAUAAAUCAAUUACCAUAAAUAUACUA